CGCAUUGGAGACCAGCUGGAGCUCAAACACGCUAUGAUGUGACCGGACAAUCCAGCUCAUUUAUUUAGAAUUGGAAGGUUUGACAUUUCCCACGAGACCAAAGAUCCUACAAGCAUCGUUGAAGAAAAGCCAGCAUAAUCUCAGCAACAGCCUUUGCUCAACAAGCUCCGAAAAUGGCGGCCCAACAUUCCCCCGAAGAGAUCAAAAAGGCUCACGAGAUCCUCUACGCCGAAGGCAUCCGGAUCCGAGAACAAGUCGCCGGCAAAGCCUUUGUAGAGAAAUCCCUCAACAACGCAAAAGGCAAUCCCUUCGCAACCGCUUUACAGGAGUAUGUCACCGAAGGCGCCUGGGGUUCCGUGUGGACGCGGCCGGGGCUGGAGCUCAAAGUGCGAUCGUUCCUGGUGAUUGCUAUGCUCGCCUGCCAGAACCGCGGCACAGAGUUGGCGACGCAUGUCAAAGGUGGAUUGAACAAUGGUGCUACGCAGGAGGAGAUCCGGGAGGUUUUGCUGCAGGCUGCGGCUUACAAUGGGGCGCCGACGGCUGUCGAGGGAUUCCGCGUGGCUUGGAAGGCGAUCGAGGAGUGGAAUGAAGAGCAGAAGGCCAAGGCGAACUGAUUGUGAUUCGAAUAUCGCAAGGUUCACGGAUGUCUCUCUCUUCGGCAUGCAAGGGUUUUGAGCAUACCUAGAAGUGGUCGUGGUAAUACAAGCUCAAAUCAACAGGCGUCUAAAAUACGAUGGGUAAACGAUUAGCAAUACAUCCAUUUCGUCUCAUUGAACCUGACC